UGAGAGAGUCUCCGGACGCGCGCGAGCGCACGCGGCUCGCUCGCGCAGGUAAAAUCCGCGGCGCUCCGCGCGGCGCGUAAUGGAGGAGCCGACGACCGCGAAGCGCGCUCGCGGCAGUACCAGCAGCGACAGCGAUAGCAGCAGCAGCAACAGGAGCAGCAGCAGCAGCAGGAGCAGCAGAAGCAGAAACACCAGGAGGAGCGACAACGGCACAACCGUGCGCAGCAACAACAGCAACGACCGUCGUCACCACCGCCACCGCCGCCACGGUAAUGCCGUGCUGCGCCGCCACCGCGUCGUCAGAGCGUGAGCCGCGCGAUUCCUGUCGUCGACUGUUCCGGCACCCGGCAAUCCCGGCAGCAUCCCGGCGGCCGCCGCCGGGCGCGAGAGGCGGGUCGAACGUGCUAUGGGAUCGUCCGGGAGCGACGACGCCGCACGACGCCGCAACGACCGUUCGCGUCCACCCGUUACGUUUGCCGUGACGUUCGCCGACCGUCGGGCCGCGAGCAGGGAGUAGGAGCAGCGAGACAGCACCUCAGAUACGCUUCCUCGGCGCGCCGCGCCGCACCGCGCCCUUCCACGUCCUACGUGUCCUACGUGUCGUCGAUCGUACCUAAACGUAAACGUAAACGCGACGUCCCCGCCGGCCGUGAGGGAUAAGAUCGGCGGCUCUCGGGCGAGAGGUUAGGCUGGCAUGGGGAUUGAUCCCCGUGAGGUGGCAUCGUCCGUCGAACUCUGACAAUCAGCCAGCCAGUCAGCCCCUUUUGGCACCCUCUAUCUAUAUCUUUCUCUCUCUCUUUCCUUCUCCCCUCCUCCCUCUUUCCCGUUCUGUCGCCGCCACCCGCGCGCGUCCUACCCUUCCGCGCCCUACGCGGUGUACACCGCGCCCGCGCGUGCCCUUUUCCGCUUGCGGAAACUGCGGCGAGUGUCGCGUUGUGUCGUUCCGCUUCUAUCGCGUCGCGUCGGGUCCCGCCGUCGUGCCCGUCGUCCGCGCUUCCCAGGGGCACGAGGGAUUAUGCCCUGCACGGAGAUCGGGAUCGAGCCCCGUCACUGACCCAAAACAAGACAUCGACAACGUCGUCGUCCGUCGUCGUCGUCGCCGUCGCCGCGAGUGUGGUGAAAAUACGUGUGCACGCGCAGUUAGAUCGUGUAUCGAUAAUUAAAUCGCCGCAACCGUGGAUAACAACGGCCGGUACGAGAUGCAGAAACGGGACGGCAGGGACAACCGCGACGACAAGGAGCUCGGGGCGCGCCGCACCGACCAGGAGGUCGCCAAACGGGCCUCCAGGGGCAGCGGGAACGCCGCCCGGUCGAACGUGCACUCGUCCCGGCACAGCGUCACCUCGUCGUCCGGCGUGCUCAUGGUCGGCCCGAACUUCCGGGUCGGCAAGAAAAUUGGCUGUGGAAACUUCGGGGAGCUCCGUCUCGGGAAGAACCUGUACAAUAAUGAGCACGUAGCAAUUAAAAUGGAACCAAUGAAGUCAAAGGCACCACAGCUACAUUUAGAAUAUAGGUUUUACAAAUUAUUAGGUACACAUGUUCAUAACACACAUAUAGAGGGUAUACCGGAGGUGUACUACUUCGGCCCGUGCGGGAAGUACAACGCUCUGGUGAUGGAGCUCCUCGGUCCGAGCCUUGAGGACCUCUUCGACCUCUGCGGGAGAAGGUUUACCCUCAAGACCGUUCUCAACAUUGCCACACAGCUCCUCCAUAGGAUAGAAUACGUUCAUAGUCGGCAUUUGAUAUACCGCGACAUCAAGCCGGAAAAUUUUCUGAUAGGACGAUCCACUACCAAGCGGGAAAAAAUCAUUCACAUAAUCGAUUUUGGACUAGCCAAAGAGUAUAUAGACCUGGAGACGAACAAGCACAUACCGUAUCGGGAGCACAAGAGUCUCACCGGCACGGCGCGUUACAUGAGCAUUAACACGCAUCUUGGCAAAGAGCAAAGCAGAAGGGACGACCUGGAGGCGUUGGGUCACAUGUUCAUGUACUUCCUGCGCGGCAGCCUGCCGUGGCAAGGGCUGAAGGCCGACACGCUGAAGGAGCGCUACCAAAAGAUCGGCGACACGAAACGAGCGACGCCGAUCGAGGUGCUCUGCGACGGCCAUCCCGAGGAGAUGGCCACGUAUCUGCGCUACGUACGCAGGCUCGACUUCUUCGAGACGCCGGACUACGAGUACUUGAGGAAGCUCUUCCACGAUCUGUAUGAAAGACGUGGUUUCGUCAACGACGGCGAGUUCGAUUGGACCGGCAAGACAAUGUCCACGCCUGUCGGAUCCCUUCAAACCGGCCAGGAGAUCGUCGUAUCACCAAAUCGCGAUCGGCAUCCCGCCGCUUACAAGGAUGUGGCAGGUGGAGGGGUGGGAGGUGGGGGCGGUAAGGGGGUGGGAGCCACGUGGCCAGAUACUGUGAAGCAAUCAGGAGCCGGUGGUACAUUGACACCUGCUGACAGGCACGGUUCUGUACAGACAAGGCACCACUGGAUUAUGGUGGUAUCGUCAACUAAUGGAGAACUGGCUAACGAUGAUCCGACCGCUGGUCACUCCAACACACCAAUUACAGCACCUCAGGAAGUGGACAUGAUCGACGAAACCAAUGUUUGCUUCAUUUCCAGAUGCUGUUGCUUCUUCAAGCGCAAGAAGAAGAAAAGUGGAAGGCAGAAAUGACUGUCCGUUACCGUUGGUCUCGGGGGGGCGGUGCAGUGCGCGGGUAAUAGUGCCGACGAGACCGUGGGAGCCGUCGCCACAACGUCAAGGACU